UUGCCUCAGCCCGCGCGCCCAUUAAAAGGGCGGGCUCUGUAUUUCACAUAACAGUCGUCCCUCAACUUUCUUUCUUCUUUCACCUUCCCCAACUUAUUUGACAAUGUCCGGACGUGGCAAGGGCGGCAAGGGCCUGGGCAAGGGCGGCGCCAAGCGCCACCGCAAGGUGCUUCGCGAUAACAUUCAGGGCAUCACCAAGCCCGCUAUUCGCCGUCUGGCUCGCCGUGGCGGUGUGAAGCGUAUCAGCGGCCUGAUCUACGAGGAGACCCGCACGGUGCUCAAGACCUUCCUGGAGAACGUCAUCCGCGACUCGGUCACCUACACCGAGCACGCUCGCCGCAAGACUGUGACCGCCAUGGACGUGGUGUACGCCCUGAAGCGCCAGGGCCGCACCCUGUACGGCUUCGGUGGUUAAGCGGCUCCUGUACCUCGGGCAGCCUGAGAGUCAAGGCACGUCUCAUACCUCACCGGCUGACAGUGCCACCUUCAAACUCGGUGUUUAUCAACACCACCUUAAAAUCCGAGUUGCCUUCCCGAACAUGGGGAACAGCAGGUACUAUACGGGGCGGUGAACAAAAUCGAGGGGCCUCGGGGAAAUAUGUGCACUUAGAUUUGGCAGGGGCCAGGAGGCGUUUGCUGGUGGGCAGGAAGGUCGGACGGGGUGAUGGGGGUCGGCAAGAACACCCGGAGUUGCUGACGAUUGCUCACGACA